UCCGUCUUGUAAGUUCACAACAGUGAGAUCAUCAGCUUGCGCAAGGAGAUCAGAGCAGAUAUGUCAGCGGAUACCUCAGCAACGGCUCUCUCCAGAGUCAAGAACAUCGUCCUCGUUCUCUCCGGCAAGGGAGGCGUUGGAAAGUCCUCGGUAACGACACAGCUUGCGCUAUCACUGCGGCUACAAGGUCACAAAGUUGCUGUGUGCGACGUCGACCUUACCGGUCCUUCAAUCCCACGAAUGUUCGGCCUCGAGGGAAGGCAGAUACACGCAAGUAGCGCAGGCUGGAUUCCAGUAUACGCAGACGGCGAAGAAAAGGGCUUGGGUGUCAUGAGUCUCGGCUUCCUGCUCAAAGAUCGAGGAAACAGUGUCGUGUGGCGAGGCCCGAAGAAGACGGCGAUGAUUAAGCAAUUCUUUACGGAUGUGGUGUGGGGUGAAGUCGAUUAUUUGUUGAUUGACACCCCACCGGGAACUUCGGAUGAGCACAUCACGACAAUUGAGUCGCUACGGGAUUAUUUCCCGGCGUGUUCUGCUGUGUUGGUUACCACGCCACAAGAUGUCGCUACUGCAGAUGUCCGCAAAGAGCUCAAUUUCUGCCGAAAAGUCGGUCUGCGGAUCUUGGGUGUUGUGGAGAAUAUGUCUGGGUUCGUGUGUCCACAUUGCUCGGAUUGCACGAAUAUCUUCUCGAGUGGUGGAGGCGAGAAGAUGGCGCAGGAGUUUGGGGUGGAUUUCUUGGGACGGGUACCGAUUGAUCCGAAGUUUGUGUUGAUGAUUGAGGAGCAGAAUAAGAAGUCGUUGUUGACGAAGUAUCAGGAGAGUGCGCUUUGUGACGUUUUCAGGCCUAUAGCAGAAGGUGUCGUGCGGAGAGUUCAGAAUGGAGAGACCACGGUUAUCGUUUGA